ACAGUGACCUGGACUCCUCCCUCUCCACUGGGAAAUACCACUGGCUACAGGAUCUCCUACACCACAGGCAGUGAUGUGGAUAUUGAUGGUGGCUCUACCAACAGCUACACUCUGACUGGUCUUACCAAUGGAAAGACAUACACUAUAUCUAUUGUUACCACAUCAUCUGGUUUACCUAGUGCACCGUUGGUGGUCACGGUUAGUUUAGUUCCAUCAGCUCCAUUCAUUGACUCAACUCCAACGGUCAGUGCCACUACUGUCACAAUCACUGGUAGUGUCCCCAGGGACUCGGUGGUGACAGGCUUCUUGGUCCAGUGGCAGAGAGACACCUCAGGUGGCUGUACUAAUGAGGAUGAGGGAAGCAUUAAUGCGACUGGCAGCUUCACUAGCUAUACAAUAACUGGACUAGAGGAGGGGAAUAGGUACACCAUCACUGUGAAACUCUAUAAUGAUGCUGGUAGAGGUCCAGUCAGUAACUCUGUUACUGCAAAGACCAUUGAAGCUGCUCCCAGUGGUUCUCCUGCCUCAAUCACAGUGGGUACACUCACUGCUAACAGUGUCACUCUGCAGUGGGGAGAGGUGGCCUGUCUAGAGAGAAAUGGAGAGAUCACUGGCUACACAGUUACUGCAGCAAACUCAGAUGGGGUGGUAAAAGGAACAUCUAGUGUUAACGUAGAUGCUAGACAAGCCACAAUCUCUGGACUGACUCCAUCCACACAGUAUACUGUGUCAGUUGCUGCAGUCAAUGGUGCUGGUACUGGACCUGUCACAGCCCUCCCUGUAGAGACUGAAGGUCCCCCACCUCCUACUGGUGUGACAGCAGUCCAGGAUGGUCCCACUAGUAUCACAGUGACCUGGACUCCUCCCUCUCCACUGGGAGAUACCACUGGCUACAGGAUCUCCUACAACACAGGCAGUGAUGUGGAUAUUGACGGUGACUCAUCCAACAGCUACACACUGACUGGUCUCACCAAUGGACAGACAUACACCAUAUCCAUUGUAGCAAUAGCUCCAAAUAGACCAACAAGUUCUCCCAUUGAAGCGCAAGUCUCACUAGUGGGUGUUCCAGAGAAACCAACAGUGGAUAUGGACAACAUUGAGACCUCACCCACUACCAUCACUACCUCCUGGAGCUUUCCUCCCGAUGCCACUGGCUCUGAGGUGAGCUGGGAACUAACAGGGCAUAUGAGAAGAAGACGAGUCAGCAAUGCUGAGGGAGGGACUAGUGGACGACUCUCAAACGACCAGAACAGCUACACAAUUGGACGUCUGAGGAGUGGAACUAGCUAUGACAUCGCUGUAACAGUCUUCAACCCUGCUGGGAACUCCUCCACCACCUGGCUACAGGAUCUCCUACACCACAGGCAGUGAUGUGGAUAUUGAUGUUGUCUCUACCAACAGCUACACUCUGACUGGUCUCACCAAUGGACAGACAUACACCAUAUCCAUUGUAACAAUGGCUCCAAAUAGACCAACAAGUUAUCCCAUUGAAGCUCAAGUCACACUAGUGGGUGUUCCAGAGAAACCAACUGUGGACAUGGACAACAUUGAGACGUCACCCACUACCAUCACUACCUCCUGGAGCUUUCCUCCCGAUGCUACUGGCUCUGAGGUGAGCUGGGAACUAACGGGGCAGAUGAGAAGAAGGCGAGCCAGCAAUGCUGAGGGAGGGACUAGUGGACGACUCCCAAAAGACCAAAACAGUUACACAAUUGGACGUCUGAGGAGUGGAACUAGCUAUCACAUCACUGUAACAGUCUUCAACCCUGCUGGGAACUCUUCCACCACAUUUACUCACUCUACAGCUGAAGACAUCAGCAAGAGUGAUUCAUCAGCAUCGGUGGCUGCUCUUGGUGGUGUGUUGGGAGUGGUGAUUGUGACUGCUAUAGUAGUGCAGGCUGUGGUGAUAGUCUUUUUCAUCAGGAGACUCCAAAGAGCUAAAGUUAGACCGCAGUCACGCGCAAUUGACCAAUCAACUAAGGCCUCCACGAACACUGGCGUAGAAAUGCCCACAUUUUCAGGAAAGAAAUAUUUGGGCCCAGAGCAGUUCCAGACCUCCAGUAAUGAGGCCUACGGUGUAGUGAGAGGGACUGGAAGGACAGCUGAAGGUGAAUAUGAAGUAACACAAGCUCUCCCUCCCUCCACCUCCUCCCAGCCUACCACUGCUGCUGCUGGAGACUCUCUCUAUGAGUCUGUGUGAUGUGUCCCUACAUUACUGUUCAGUAUCUGACUACUGCAGACAUGCAUGAAAUAUUAUUGUGCAUACAUCAGUUUAUAGUAAUGUGAUGGAUGUGUAGUACUGAAUUAGCAGAGAAGUGAU